AUGACGAAAGCUCUGGGAACUUUCAGAGCAUUCUACCUUGUAGCGUUAUGCUGCGUUGGUUCUUUUCUUUUUGCCUAUGACACCGGCACUGUUGGCGGAAUUUUGACCUUCCCGAGCUUCCAACGGGAUUUCCGGUAUACCACCAAGGACAAGGCCAAUGUUGGUUCACUGUCCACGAGUCUUCUGCAAGCUGGUGCUUUCUUCUCCUGCUUCUUCGUCUGGCCCUUUACCGCUCGAUUCGGCCGUCGCUGGUCUCUUGUCCUAGCCUCGGCUAUCUUUAAUGUCGGCGCCGUCGUGCAAACGAUCAACACUCAUCAUCUCGCCGGAUUCUACAUUGCCCGAUUUGUCUCGGGCGUCGGUGUCGGCAUGGCCACUGUGAUAGUGCCCAUGUACUCAGCUGAGAUGGCACCAAAAAAUAUCCGUGGCAUGCUUGGUAGCAUGUUCCAGUUCUUCUUUACCUUGGGAGUCAUGACUUCGUACUGGGUUGAUUACGCAGCGAGUAUCCACAUCCCCGACGACAGCAGCGCCCAGUGGCAACUACCAGUCGGUUUACAGCUUGUUCCCGGCAAUAUCCUUGGCCUCGGAAUGCUCUUUACAAAGGAGAGUACCCGUUGGCUGGCCAAGGCAAAUCGCCGUGAGGAGGCUUUGCAGUCCUUGAUCUGGGUUCGUGGUGGAGAUUCUCCCGAGGUCCGAGAAGAGUUCAGCGAGAUUGUUCGAAGCAUCGACGAAGAGAGCCGUAUCAAGGCUGGUUUGACUUGGAAAGAGCUUAUUGAGCCCGUCAACCGUUACCGUCUCGGCCUCAUCAUUGCUCUGCAAAUCGCUAACGAAGUACGUGUUAAAGGCGUUCAGCUCACCGGAAACACCUCCAUGGCAUACUACGCUCCUCAGAUUUUUGGUCUAGUUGGUGCUGGCCAGGACAAGCUUCUGCUUACCGGCUUCUUCGGUCUUGUCAAAGUCGUGGCGUGCCUUUUCUUCUUGCUAUUCCUCGUUGAACGGAUCGGUAGUCGUGGCUCUCUUCUCGCAGGGGCAGGACUCAUGGGUACUUACAUGCUCAUCGUGGCAAUCUUGACAGUCAAGUUCCCUCCGAACCCCGACGCUGGACUGACACCUCCUUCUAUUGCUUCUCUGACUAUGAUUUAUCUUGAAGCCAUGAGCUACAACAUAUCUUGGGGGCCUGUACCGUGGGUUUAUACUGGUGAGAUUUUCAGCAGCCGCAUUCGCGAGGCUGGCAUUGCCAUCAGCACCUCAACACAAUGGCUAUUCAACUUCGUCUUUUCUCAAGUCACUCCACACGCUGUCGCGAACCUUGGCUGGAGGACCUUUCUCAUGUUCUCAAUUUUCAAUUUCGCGCUUGUUAUCUUUGUCUGGUUCUUUAUCACGGAGACCAAAGGCGAGUCCCUAGAGGAAAUGGAAGAACUCUUUGCCAGUCGGGCUGGCGUCACUGUCGUGAGACCUGUAGAAGCAGGGGUAGCAGACGAGAAGGAGACUGAGAGGCAUGUUAAAAUGCAGUCUGCCAAGUCGAGCUAG